CCGACGACUGGCAAAGUCGUGGCGCGUGAGUUGUUGCGUCGGACCGGAGUGUUAAUCAUUCCACUUCCACUUGCACUUGCUCUCUUCCCGAAUCCCCCUUCCCUUCCUUUCCCUUCCCUUGUGUAUCAAUCAAUCAAUCGGUAACACUCUUCAGGGCGUCGUCAGCUGAUCGAGGCCGACCGAUCGAUCCAUCGAUUCUACUCGUGCGGAGCAAGAGAUGGACACUCUGUACAGCACCGUAAAGGAGUUCGUGGGGUUUGGGUUCAAGAUCAUCAGCGCGCUGGACAAGGCCAAACACAACAUGGAGGAGUGCCGCAGGAUCGACGCCCUCCUGCUCAGCCUCAGCGCCAUCGCCAAGCACCUGCAGGGGUCGCCCAACAUCAUGGAGGACGACUUGAUGAGGGUCACGACGGAGGGCCUAGACAAGGCCCUGCAGCUGGCGUCCAAGCUUGUCGCCAAGUGCAAGGGCAAGCGGUUCCUGGACCGUGCUUUUAACGCCAAAGACAUCGCCGAGAAGCUGCACGGGGCCUGCUUCGAUGUGCUGCUCAACAUGAACGCCGUGCUGCUUGCCAAUGGUGUCUUGAACACCUCGGAGCUGGCCGAGCUUAAGGAAAUUGUGGCUCAGCUCCGCGCCGACGGUGCCUUGAACAACUUGCUGUUGGCCAAGAUUCUGCAGAUUCUUGCUGCACGGCCCCAUGUUGAUCUGCCACAAGAGGUGGAAAAAUUGGUGAAGGACGACCAGAUCAGUUCUCAAAUUAAAAACAAAGGGGAGGCAAAGAAAAUAGCUGUAGCUAGUUCUCAAAACAAAAACAAAGGGGAGGCAAAGAAAACAGAUGUUGCCAGGCCGGAAGGGAAGAAUCAAAAGAAAAACAAGAAACAGGGGCGUAGCACGGUGGUGCCAGAUGCUUCCUUACCAGAUGGCUUACCUGAGUCCGCUUCAGCGGACAGUAUGGGUGAGAAAGGCUCUAGUACUAUUGUUGCUGCACGGCCCGAUGUUGAUCUGCCAGAAGAGGUGGAAAAAUUGGUGGAGGACGACCAGAUCAGUCCUCAAAUUAAAAAUAAAGGGAAGGCAAAGGAAAUAGAUGUUGCCAGGCCGGAAGUAAAGAUUCAGAGAAACAAGAAACCAGGGGAUAGCACGGUGGUGCGACAUGCUUUCUUACCAGAGGGCUUAGCUGAGUCCGCUUCAGCGGCCAGUGUGGUUGGACAAGGCUCUAGUACUGUUAUUAUCAAUAAGAAAAUAAUCAGCAUAAACAAGGAACCCGGAGAGACAGGCAGAUAUAAGAUAGACCCCCAUUCCUCUGAGACUAGCAAGCUGCUUGAGGUCUACCCGCAGCAGCUUCUCUUCCCCUUGGAGCCAAAAAACAAGGAAACUACUGGAUGCCCAGUGGCCCUAACCAACAAUACAAACGAUCACGUUGGCAUCUUGAUUAAACCAAUAAAUGGGAAAUUUACAGAACCAGAGAUAAUGAAGCCCCAUUCGACUUUGGUUGUGUAUGCGACAAUGAAGAUGCAUGCACAACCUCCCAAAGACACGGUCACGUUUGAGGUGCUCAUGAUUAUCAUACAGUCGGAGGGAGACCACAGAAAAUUGAAGUCAUUCAUUGUUGACAAGCUGAAUAUGGACAGUGGCUUUAUGGUGCAUGUUAAGAACCUUAAGGCAGAGGUGUAUCGGGCAAUGCUGACACCUAUCACUUGUGACCCAGCAAGCUGCUGCCAGAUCAUAUCAAGAUCAAUAGAGAAAAUGAACUUGGUGACAUCCAUUGACGCACACCCCACUAAUCCAUGGAUUGUGAUGGGUCAUGAGGGAGGGAAUUUUUCCAUUUGGGACUACCAGAAGCAGGAAACUGUGAUGAAGUUGCAGGUCAAUGAGGUGCCAGACAAGACUACACUCAUGUUCCAUGCCUUGUCUCAGGGCAUCAAAGUGAGGCCUCCCAAACAUUCCGUUUUUUCAGUCAAAUUUAUCUCUGAAAGGAAAUGGUUGGUAGUGGGGGAUGGUCAUGGAUACAUCUAUGUCUAUAAUUACACCAACACUAAGCUGCACAUGGUCGACAACUUCAGAGCUCAUGAUAAGAAAUCUGUGAACUCUCUGGCUGCUCACCCAACAGAGCCAUACCUUCUUUCGUCAUCUACUAUUGGUACAAAUAUCAAGGUUUGGGACAGGAGCAAUAAGUGGAAGAUAUUUCGAAGUUUCAACACGAAACCUGAGAUUGCAUAUUACAAUGGUGUGCGCAGUGUCAAGUUGAAUCCAAGGGAUACCAACACUUUUGCUUGUGUUACCCGUUAUGACGGAGUAAAGGUCGGGAGCAUCAAACCUUCCAGUCUUGAAACCACACUGACGGGGUCAUUCAUCAUGGCCGAUUAUUUGUUCACUCGCGGUGAUGAGCACUUGAUGGUUACUUUGAGAUUUGACUCACACAACUCUGAGAUAUGGGAUUUGAAGACACAAAAAGUUGUUCACACUCUUAGCGUGAGUGGGCACAAAACGACCUGGGUUGCUUGCCACCCAAAGCUUCCAAUACUGGUUACAGUGUUAGAUGACGGGACUGUAUGUUUGUGGGAUGCCAGUAUCUACAGGCUUGAGAAAAUGGUUCACAUUACCGACAGCAAGUGUCGUGAUUUGGUAUUUGUCCCAGACACAAAUGGCCCACUCAGGCUCGCUAUCGCAUUUGAGACAAUGAUAGCAAUCAUGGAGGUUAAUUUGCCAAUUGCGAAUACAAGCAAUGCAAGUGGACUAAUAACGGGAACUAACUAGGAACGACCUCCCCGGGAGGCAAGGCAACGAAGUCCAUCACGGAGAUUGGGAUUAUGUAUUUAUGUAUUUGGCGAAUUGAUAUUUCCUCUUGUAAUUGAUAUUGUAAAAUACUGUUGUGGAUAAGAAUACUUUUGUGAGCAUUGCGAUAUUGUUAUUAUAUUUUUCUGAAUUUUAUUCUA